UUUAUUCCUUCGCUGCAAGAUCCGAUCCCACGGCGGAGGAGAUAUGGGGCCGGCGGUGGCGGAGCGGCGGACGCUGGUGCUGGUGAACCUGGCGGCAAUCAUGGAGCGCGCCGACGAGGCGCUCCUCCCUGCGGUCUACCAUGAGGUGGGGGCAGCCCUCCACGCCUCGCCCACGGGGCUCGGUUCCCUCACCCUCUUCCGCUCCAUCGUCCAGUCCGCCUGCUACCCCCUCGCCGCCUACCUGGCAACCCGCCACAACCGCACCCACGUCAUCGCCCUCGGUGCCUUCCUCUGGGCCGCGGCGACCUUCCUCGUCGCCCUCUCCAACACCUUCCUCCAGGUAGCAAUCUCAAGAGCUCUGAAUGGAGUCGGACUCGCCUUGGUGACACCUGCUAUCCAGUCCCUUGUUGCCGACUCCACCGACGAUAGCACGCGAGGCACAGCUUUCGGAUGGCUACAAUUGACUGGCAACUUUGGUUCCAUCAUUGGUGGCUUCUUCUCCCUACUAUUAGCUUCCACUACAUUCAUGGGAAUUGCCGGUUGGAGAGUUGCUUUCCAUGUGGUUGGUAUGAUAAGCGUGGUGGUCGGAGUACUCAUCCGACUCUUUGCGGUGGAUCCUCAUUUCUCCAAUGAUGCCAGAUCGACCAACGAGCUUGUUCCGCGGAAGUCCGCAUGGGAAGAGGCGAAGUUUAUGCUUGAUGAAGCAAAGGCUGUCUUGAGAAUCCCCUCGUUUCAGAUAAUUGUGGCUCAGGGCGUCACUGGUUCAUUUCCAUGGUCUGCGUUAUCCUUUGCGCCGAUGUGGCUGGAGCUCAUCGGUUUCUCUCACAAAGGAACUGGGAUCCUAAUGAGUAUGUUCAUCGUUGCAAGCUCUCUCGGAGGACUGUUGGGAGGAAAGAUGGGAGAUUUCCUUGCCAAACGUUUCCCUGAUACUGGAAGGAUCAUUUUGUCUCAGAUAAGUUCUGGCUCUGCAAUCCCACUUGCAGCAUUGUUGAUGCUGGUCUUACCAGAUGAUCCCUCCAUGGGACUUGCACAUGGCAUUGUCUUGUUCAUCAUGGGCUUAAGCAUCUCCUGGAAUGCUCCGGCUACAAACAACCCUAUAUUUGCAGAGAUUGUAGCUGAGAAAUCAAGAACAAGCAUAUAUGCAUUGGACAGAUCUUUUGAGUCGGUGCUAUCAUCGUUUGCUCCUCCUGUUGUUGGCAUUUUAGCUGAGCAUGUUUAUGGAUAUAAGCCAGUUUCUUAUGGACCAAAUGAAAGUAGCAGUGUUGAAACAGACAGAGAAAAUGCUGCAUCUCUAGCCAAGGCACUCUACACUGCAAUAGCAUUUCCCAUGUCACUCUGUUGCUUCAUCUAUUCCUUCUUGUAUUGUACCUAUCCAAGAGACAGAGAGAGGGCACGGAUGGAUUCAUUGAUAGCAUCAGAACUGCAGCAGAUAGAGAUGGAUAAUGUUGGUGAAGUGUUGCCAGAGUCUUCAGGAAUUCAAGUUUCUGAGAUGGAAUUGAAUGGGAACCCGAGAAGUGAGAUUGAUAUUGUUUAUGGAAAUGAAGAUUUUGAGAUCGAUGACAAUGAUGAGAGGACACUUCUCUCACAUAAAGUGGAGACAUCAAAUUAAAGGAGCAUCUAAAUUUAGUCAGUUGUAUCAUAUCAUACACUGGUUUCAGUAAAAGAAAUAACCACACAAAAUGGUGCUCCAUCCAUAUUUCUUCUGGGAUCAAAAUGUACUCUUCAAGGACCUCAUAUCCUGACAAGUUAGCCAUCUGGAGGAAAUUGGCUGGUCAUUUUCAUUCCACGAUUCUUGUAAGAAACAAUGUGGAUGUCUUGUAAGUUAAAAGUCAUUUGCAAAGUUUUGUGGUUAUAUUAGGAGAAGGUGAUCUACAAAAGAAGAAAAAGAAAAUUAAAUCUAGUUACUGUAUCUUGUUCAUAUGAAAAGCUUUCGAAACCUGGAACCUUGAUGUGAUUUGCAAGCUUAAUUUGCAAUUAUAGUUGGGAAUUCACAUACA